AUGGAAAUUCUCCAACAAGAAGGACAUGGGAUCGAGGCUAUUAUAACUUCUCCAACAGGUUAUCACAUUCCAUUUACAGCUAGGUUAUGUUUCACCUGCACCAACAACAUGUCAGAGUAUGAAUCAUGCAUCCUAGGACUCGAUGAUGCCAUCGAUUUAAGAAUCAAGAUCUUAGAAGUAUAUAGGGAUUCUGCUCUCGUCAUUAAUAAAAUCAAGGGAGAAUACGGAACACAUAAUGCUAAGCUAAUCAGGUAUCGGUACCACGUCCGAAAGAUGAUCACCUACUUUGAUGAGAUUACUUUCCACUAUAUCCCUCAAGAAGAAAAUCAGCUAGCAGAUGCCUUAGCUACUUUAUCAUCCAGGUUUAAAGUCAAAUGGUACAACGAAGCACCUCCUAUAAGGAUUCAACAUUUGGAUGAACCAAUAUACUGCAUAGCAGUGGAAGCAGAAAUGGAUAAUAAAACUUGGUCUCACGACAUCAAAUUGUUCUUACAGAAACAGGAGUAUCCCGCAAACGCUUCAAGCCAAGAUAAGAAAACACUUAGAAGAUUAGCAUCUCAAUUUUUCCUCAAUAGUGACGUGCUCUACAAACAAAACCACGACAUGGUCUUACUCAGAUGCCUAGAUGGAUACGAAGCAGACAUGCUUAUCAAAAAGAUUCACGAGGGAUCCUUUGGCACUCACGCUAAUGGACACACCAUGGCUAAGAAAAUUCUCAGAGCAGGGUACUACUGGUUGACUAUGGAGUCUGAUAGUUUCAAAUAUGUCACAAAUUCUAAAUCUAUGCGGAUAAAGUGCAUGUUCCACCUACUCUCAUAA